AUGUCCCUGAACCAGAUGCAAAUCAAGCAGGAGCUCACCCUGCCCCCCGGGCUGAGCAAGAGCAUCCCCCAGCCGAGCCAGGAGCCCGUGCCCAGCCCCGAGCCCGUGCCGUGCCCGCAGCAGCAUCCCGAGCUCCAGGACCCCACACCCCGCCCGGACCCAGCCCCGGCGGUGGCGACGUGCCCAGAAAAAGCCGUGCCCUUGCCAAGCCAGGAGCCGGGCAAAGGAGAAGCCCCCGCGGUCGUGGUGCCCCAGUGCCCAGCCCAGGAGCAGCAGCAGCAGAGCAAGUGCCCGGAGGAGAAACCAACCUGCCAAGAGCUGCCCGUGUCCCGCCCUGACACAGCCCCGUGUGGGCUGGAGAAGCAGCAGUGCCAGGAGAGCCCCGUGCCAGUCCCUGGGACCUGCUCCGAGGCUGCAGCCUGUGCCCAGGAGAAGCAGCAGAUCAAGGAGACCCCUGUGCCCAUCCCUGUCCCGCUGCCUGACCCCACCCCGUGUCCCCAGGAGAAACAGGAGAUCAAGGAGAUCCCUGUGCCCACCCCCUGUCCCCAAGAGAAACAGGAGAUCAAGGAGAUCCCUGUGCCCACCCCGUGCCCUCAGGAGAAGCAGCAGAUCAAGGAGACCCCCGUGCCCAUCCCUGUCCCACUGCCUGACCCCACACCAUGUCCCCAGGAGAAACAGGAGGUCAAGGAAACCCCCGUGCCCAUCCCUGUCCCACUGCCUGACCCCACCCCAUGUCCCCAAGAGAAGCAGGAGGUGAAGGAGACCCCCGUGCCCAUCCCUGUCCCACUGCCCGACCCCACCCCGUGUCCCCAGCAGAAGCAGGAGAUCAAGGAGCUCCCCGUGCCCACCCCGUGCCCUCAGGAGAAGCAGGAGUGCCAGGACACCCCGGUGCCAGUGCCAGCUCCCUGUCCUGACCCCGAGCAGUUCUCCCUUCCCGAAAAGGUCCCUCCCGUGGAGCAGCAGCAGCUCAAACAGCCCAACCCGUGGCCUCCCGCCCAGAAGUAA